AGCAGACUUCGCUAAGAUGGCAAGAACCAAGCAGACCGCCCGUAAAUCCACCGGAGGAAAGGCUCCCAGGAAGCAGCUGGCCACCAAGGCUGCCCGUAAGAGCGCCCCGGCCACCGGCGGCGUGAAGAAGCCUCACCGUUACAGGCCCGGUACCGUGGCUCUGAGGGAGAUCCGUCGCUACCAGAAGUCCACCGAGCUGCUGAUCCGCAAGCUGCCCUUCCAGCGCCUGGUGAGGGAGAUCGCUCAGGACUUCAAGACCGACCUGCGCUUCCAGAGCUCCGCCGUCAUGGCUCUGCAGGAGUCCAGCGAGGCCUACCUGGUCGGCCUGUUCGAGGACACCAACCUCUCUGAAAUCAUGUCUGGAAGAGGAAAAGGAGGAAAGGGGCUCGGUAAAGGAGGCGCUAAGCGUCACCGGAAGGUGCUCCGUGAUAACAUCCAGGGCAUCACCAAGCCCGCCAUCCGCCGCCUGGCUCGGCGCGGUGGAGUGAAGCGUAUCUCCGGUCUGAUCUACGAGGAGACCCGCGGUGUGCUGAAGGUGUUCCUGGAGAACGUGAUCCGUGACGCCGUCACCUACACCGAGCACGCCAAGAGGAAGACUGUGACCGCCAUGGAUGUGGUGUACGCUCUGAAGAGGCAGGGCCGCACCCUGUACGGCUUCGGAGGAUAGACUGACCCGCUGACCCGAACACACAACGGCUCUUUUAAGAGCCACCCAACUCACUAACAGAGCACUUAUCCUGAAUCAUUGUACCGUCAUCAUUAAUAUGAAAGGCAUCGUGCCUAGUAAGCGGCAUGUACUGCAAUGUACCGUAGCACAACAUCUGAGGGACUCAUGAGCCCCCCUCACUGGAGUCCUCACAUUUGGCUCACUUUACACCUACUACACACAUUCACAUGUAAAUGCCAGUCAAACGUAAAUGGAUGUUGGUUCAUAGUUUGUGCUUCAUAUGUGAGUUGUGAACAUAACAUUUCGAAGUAUA